AUGACCUUAAUCAUAUCCUUGAACAUUACCUUAUCAAUAAUUUUCAUCUUCCUUAAUCACCCCCUCUCCGUUGGCUUAAUUCUGCUAAUUCAAACAAUCUUAAUUAGAUUAAUUUCAGGAAACCUAAUCAGAUCAUUCUGAUUCUCAUACAUUCUAUUUUUAAUUAUAAUUGGGGGAAUACUUAUUUUAUUCAUAUACAUAACCAGAAUUGCCUCAAACGAAAAAUUUCAACCUAAAUUAAUUGUCAUUUUUCCCCUUAUAUUAACAAUUAACCUUACUAUUCUUAUUCAAAACAAAACAGAAAGAUUAAUUUUAAACAACGAAAUCAUCCCAUUCAAAGAUAACUCAAUUAUCCAAUUCUCAUUAAUUAAAUACGCCAACUUUCCUGUCAUAAUUAUUCUUAUUUCAAUAAUCCUUUAUCUUCUAAUUACUCUUAUUGCUACAGUCAAAAUUACUGAAUUCAAGCAGGGGCCCAUUCGACAAAUAAACUAA